GACACAAUGUCAAGCAAUUGUAUCGAAUAUGUUUAAUGUCGCAGAGAGCAAUGGAACCAAAUCCAAAAGAACCAACACUUAUGUACAUGCUUGGUACUUGGUGCUAUCAAGUUUCUGAUUUAACAUGGUAUCAAAGAAAAAUUGCAUCUGUAAUAUUUGGAGAACCGCCAUCUUCAUCAUUCGAGGAAGCUCUAAAAUAUUUUGAAACUGCAGAGGAAAUUGAUCCCAAUUUCUAUAGUCAAAAUUUAUUAAUGUUGGGAAAAACCUACUUAAAAUUAAAUCAAAAAGAGCUAGCUACGAAAUAUUUAAAAAUGGCCCUUGAUUAUCCUGCAAAGAACGAAGAUGAUCGAGAUGCUAAACAGGAAGCGCAGAAGUUGUUAAAGAAAUUUUAACAAACUGGACAGAAGUUAUAAUCUAUUAUAUGAUAAAUUGGAAUUGAAGGGAUAGAAGGGAUAAAGAAAAAUUUAGAAUCUAUCUUUUAAGUAGAAGUAUAAAAUUUAUUUACUAUAAUGUACAAUACAACUUAUGUGUGAUGAGCCUGUUA